UCCAGUUGUGCUACCUCCGCCAAGCAACCGAGACGGCGACGGCUUGCUUGUAGAGUUUUCUUCCUUUUUCCUCUUCGCUUCUCCAUAAAUCAUGUUAUUAUGUCAUCCGAUCGAGAUAACCACGACACCUUUUAAUUCAACACGUUUCGGGACCAAAACAAGCCACACCUCUCUCGUCAAUAUUCCAUCCCCACUCGCCAAGAAAAUGAGAACAGCCAGCGAACUGGGAUUCCAACUGCGCAUUGAAAAUUGAAAGAAACAAACAAAAAAAAAAGCAGAGAGGGGGAGAGUCCCGUCCCACAAGCCAACUAACCAACUGACCAAUCGAACUCCCUCCCUCCCUCUCUUUUCCUUCUCUUCUCCCCCAACCCGAAAUUUCCCUGCCUCUGUUAAUUCCCUCUUCAAAAGCUCGGUUUCCUCCGAAAUUUGAGAUGGGUUUCACGCUCGUGACGCCCGUCCAGUUAAAGCACCAUAAUUCUUUGCUUCCUUCUCCUUCGCGUCUCAAUUCCGACCCUCCCCUGUUCCGUGGGAGACGCCGGCCUCCUCCUCCUCCUCCUAGAAGAACCCGCUCCCUCGUCCCGAGGGCGAGGCUGUUUGGGCCGGCGAUAUUCGAGGCGUCGAAGCUGAAGGUGUUGUUCGUGGGAGUAGACGAGGAGCAGAGACGCCCCGCCAAGCUUCCGAGAACCUACACGCUCACGCACAGCGACAUAACGUCCAGGCUCACCCUCGCCGUCUCCAACACCAUCAACCGAGCUCAGCUGCAGGGAUGGUAUAAUCGGUUACAGAGGGACGAGGUGGUGGCAGAGUGGAAGAAGGCGAAGGGGAAAAUGUCUCUCCAUGUGCACUGCCAUAUUAGCGGCGGCCACUUUCUUCUUGAUCUCAUCGCCAACCUCCGUUUCUACAUCUUUCGCAAAGAACUUCCGGUGGUUCUAAAAGCAUUUGUUCAUGGAGAUGAGAGCCUCUUCAACAGCCAUCCAGAACUGGAGGAAGCACUAGUGUUUGUCUAUUUCCACUCCAACCUACCAGAGUUCAACCGCGUCGAGUGCUGGGGACCCCUGAGAGACGCUGCUAGCUCCGGAAAUCCUGUCAAUACCACUAAUUCCCUAGAGGAAGCUCAAAAUGUUGAUGAAGAAACAGUUGCAUCGUCGGCUACUUGGGUUUGGCCGCAGCAAUGUCAAGUCGACUGUGAUUGUUGCUUCCCUCCGCAUAGCUUAAUCCCAUGGCCAACUGAUCCUCACGAAGAAAAACGCCAGUCUGCUGGCCAACCACAGCAGAACUGAUACUAAUUCGUGUAGAGGCCAAAUUUCUCUUGACGUUCAAUCUUAUUCUUUGCCAAGAUAAAGAAAAGAUCGAGCCGGUGUAUGCAUUGUCUGUAUACAUUAUUAGUUCUGGUGUUUAUUCUAUUUUAUGGUGUAAAAACGACAUAAUCUGUAAACAGAUAUGUAUAUACGCAGUUGGAAGUUGUGUAGCAGAAACAGAUACAGCAGAUUUGCAGGUCUAAGUUCUAUUGUGCAAAUAACAUUCGUUAUUCUUCUUGUAAUAUGUCUUUUUUCCUAUGUUUA